UAUGAUUGUAUGUAUAUUUUUCAAAUUUGUGUUCAAAUCAAUCUAAAAUAAUGAUAAUCUGAUGUAUAAACCACUCAAAUUCAGAUAAGAUAAAUUAAAAAUUCAAAAUGUUUCGCUGUUUAUCGAAAUAAAUCGCAAUAAAUAUAUAAUUAUCUAAAAUCAAUACGUAAAGCAUGAAACGGGCUUUUGUAAUAUUCUAUUUUACUCAAAUUUUUUGUGCAAAAUGUGAAGCAACUAAUUUCUAUUCAGAAGACUCAGCGGACGUUGCUGAUAACGCCAAUUUGAAUAUAAAUCAACUCGCCGGAAAAUACGGUUAUCAAUGUGAAAGCCAUUGGGUUACCACUGAAGAUGGUUACGUCCUUGUGAUGCAUCGUAUUCGAAACGCUUCUAGCAUCAAUCCUUAUUUCGAUACCGAACCAAAACCCGCUGUUCUUAUUAUGCACGGGGUUACUGGAAGUUCUAUGGAAUGGGUUAAUUUGGGGCCCGGGCGCGGGCUGGGCUUCGACCUCGUUAAGGCCGGAUACGACGUUUGGUUGGGUAAUAAUAGGGGAAAUAUGUUCUCCAGGUAUCAUGUUAGGUUAAAUCCAGACGAAGACGACGAUUAUUGGGAUUUCAGUUUUGAAGAUUGUGGGUAUUACGAUUUACCAGCUAAAAUUGAUUAUAUACUGAAUAUAACCGGUCAACAGAAAUUGUUUUACGUUGGUCUUUCACAAGGUACGACUCAAUUUUUCGCAAUGGCUUCUUUGAGACCGGAAUAUAAUGAUAAGAUAGCGUUGAUGUCGGCGUUGGGUCCGGUAGCUUUCAUGAACCAUACAUCUUCACCUUUAAUUCGACUUGCAGUUAAAAUUUUAGAACCUUUAGAGAAACUAAUGAAACGAUUAGAUUGGCACGAGGUAUUAGGCUACAAUUCGUUGGUAUCCAAGAUCUCUCAACUUGUCUGUUCGAACAAUUCUGCGUUGAUUGAAUUAUGCGUAUUGCCCAGGUUUAUUUUAUUUGGAUUUGAUUCGCAGCAACUGGAUAGAUCAACUCUAGCUGUAGAAACUUCCCACUCUCCAGCUGGAACAUCUGUCAAAUCACUAAUUCAUUACGGACAGCAAGUUUCAUCAGGUUAUUUUAGACGAUACGAUUAUGGAACCGAACUAAAUCGCAAGCAUUACAAUACUGAUACACCUCCAGAUUAUAAUUUAUCGGUAAUUUCAGCUCCAAUUGUUCUAUAUUAUGGUCAAAAUGAUCUUAUAGCUUCGGUUCAGGACGUCGAACGACUUUCGGAUGAAUUACCGAACGCUGUUAAGAGUCCUAUAAAUUACAAACGAUGGAAUCAUAUUGAUUUUUACAGUGCUAAAGAUGUUUACAAAUUACUUAAUGUAAAUAUUAUAAAAUCUCAGCAGGAGUUUAUAGAUAAUGGGACCUUAAUAACAACUACUACCACAACUUCGAAACCUUCUAAUAAUGGCGCUUAUUCAGUCAAUAAAGAAAUAUUUCUCACUUUGAUUACUCUAUUAAUGUGGUUAAUUAACUUUUGAAAUAAAAGUGAAUAAACGAUA